CCGAUUGCGACACGGAUUAAAAGCAGUGAGCAGACCCUCUGCAGGACCCCGCUAUGGUCGCUGCGUCUAAUAGUAUUACUAUCCCAACACCAACCCCGCCAACAGCGCUUGACUCCUUCCCUUCAUUACUCGUGCCAAUCCGUCCUCCAAGGCAGGAGGCCGAACUGUCGAUCCGGCUCUGCUCGACGCCAUACCCCAAGCCAAGCACUGUAUUCUCAAUCGAGCCAGCUGCCGUAAGCCCAAUACGAGCAGGAAGCUGCACACGCGGACCAGGCUCUUGUCACCUGCACUACAUCACGGCACGCGGUCCCUCCCACCUCGCUGAGCCUGGCGUCCUGCAUCCGCUUGUUCAGAGUGCUCUAGGUGCUUGGAGGGCGAAGCAUGAUUCAAUACCUGACACCACAGCCUUCUAUUCACACACAAAUGGACACCAGCACCAUGUCACUUGCCAUUCUCCCGUCACAGCACAUGGGAUAUAGUGGUACCUCAGCGCCGUCGCCACUUCGACCUUCGAGGUCGCCGGCCAAACGACCCAAACUCUCGUUGGACACCAACAACGUACCAUCGAUCUUUGGAAAGAGCUCAACGAGCUUGCGACUUGAAACACUCUCUGCGACAUCACCGACGGCAAGAAAUACUUUUCGGAAUGCCCUGGAUCCAGUGACUGCCCAGAACAAGAAGACAAACACCAAGCCAAAUCUAUCAUCACUAAAGAUUGCGACGGAAUCCUCGCCGCGAGAGCCAGAACAGAUACAGCCAACUACAACAAACGACUCUGCUGCCUCUUCCGCGACAACUACAUCCUCAUUGUCUUCUAUCGAUUCAUUCUCGACUGUUGUUCCCUACAAGCUCACUUUCAACACCACAUCGAUCUUGAUCAACUCUCCGCUGCCGCGAACAUCACGUCGAUCGCACUUCGGCCACCAAAAGCCAAUGUUUCCGGCUCCGAAGAAGGUGGCGUUCCGAGAGCCCUUGACCGAAGAUGUGAAGAAUACACGAUUCACUCUUCGUCAUUCCGAUAUAGAAUCCUCGACGUCGACUAUUUCUACACUCGAACUUACGCAGAGCGACAGUGAGCUCGAUGAAGAUGCCCAGGACCAGAAGACCGAAAAACCUGUACAGGACGAUGAUCGUCCCUCUGCGAAAUCGCCGCCUUCGCCGCAUACAGGAGACAAGCGCGAGUCGUCAGAUGAGGAGGAAAGUGACAGUGACUCGUGCCCGGCGACGCCUGUCGCUGGCAGACGGAAACGACAUCGGCAAUGGGUCUGGACUCUGGGGCCCGUCAAUGGAGAAGAGAAACUCUCAUCGCAUCAAGAAAAUGAGGUCGUAAAGAUCCAUUCUGACGACGAGCGCGAUCAAUAAUACGAAGUUGUUCACGAUCAUGAUAGGAUAGGCGUUACUGGAAGAGAUCAAGGGAUAUUUUGAGCGUCGGGCAUUUUUGCGAUCACAUUGCCACAUUCGCAUCAAUUCCGAUCAGUCUUAAGCAUUUACAACGCGAAGAUACCCCUAGAGCGCAUUUGCACUGAAUAUAGUGCCAGGCAUAUAGAUGCAUACGGGCCAACGUCAAUGCCCACAUAUACUACAUACGAACGAUACAUUUAUGAACUAUUGGCAG